UAGUUCAGAAAAAAAAAGUUUAGUAUUUUCCACUAUUUUUCCUUUUUAUCUUUUCUGUAAUGUUGAAGAAGCAUAUAAUAUUCCCGGGUAAUAAAGCAUCUGCAGAAGAGCAUCUUUUCUUCUUCCCCUCUCUAAUUUUUUUUAUAGUAUUUUUAAAUUUGAAGAAAGGCACAAUAAACCCUAAAUAAAAUUUCCCCUUACCAGCUGCUCUUUUUUUUUUCGAUUCAUCUUCCGCCAAGUAAACGCCGUUACGGAAUCAUGAGGGGACUCAAACGCGCCGCUGUUUCCGAAUCGUUUCCCGAAGCCAAUGAAUCUCCCUUUAAGAAUGCAAAACCAGUGCAAGGAACCUUGUUUGGUACUCAGCAGAGUUCGGCAUCAUUGGAUAAACAGAGGGCUGAGCUAGCUAGGAAGCAUGUCAGAGCUCUCAAUAACCAAUUUGUAAGUUGGGUGCAAAUACAGCUGAAGAAUCAUCCUGAUGAACUUUGGGAAGAUGGGAUGAAUGACUACAUUAGCCAUGCUUCCAACAUUCUGGAACAGUUUAAAGAUGUCGUCGACUGGCUAAAAGAAAAUAAGGUAAAGGGGGAUAAUGUAUCCCCUGAACCUACUAGAGCCGAGAAGAAACAAGUGGCUGAGGUCAAGAAUAACGACGUUACACCAGCUUUAAAUAACAGCCUCUUUGCUUCAAACACUCAACCUGCGCUCUUCUCGACCAAUCGUUCUUCCAAUUUUAGCAGUAGUCAGUCUGGUUCGUUUUCAAGCCAGCCUGGAGUUUUCUCCAGUAGUCCAUUUGGUUUAGCAUCUAAUAGCCAAACUGGAUCUUUUAGUAGUAGCCAGUUUGGUUUAGCCAAAAGCAGCCCACCUAACUUAUUUUCCAGCAGUCAAGCAGGAGGAAUCUCCAAUAGCCAACCUUCUUUCUCAUUUUCUAAUAAUCAUAAUCCUUUUUCAUCUGGAGUUACUCCAGUGUCCAUACCUGCAAAGCGAGAUUCUCCAGAAGAUGAAGAAGGUGAAGAUGAAGAACCUCAACCGAGCAGUCCAUCUGUCAAAAAGACCGAAGAGAAGGGUGUUACUGUGGUUCAUGAAAUCAAAUGCAAACUUUAUGUCAAGUCAAAUGACCCAGCAGAUAAAGGUGCAUGGAAAGAUAAAGGAACUGGGAAUCUCUACAUAAAAUGCAAAGAAGGCGUCGACAAGGGGACAAAAGAAUCUAAACCCACAAUUCUUGUCCGAAACGAUGUCGGGAAGCUGCUUCUUAAUGCUCUACUGUACACUGGAAUCAAGACGAGUGCGCAGAAGAACGCACUUGUUGCAAUAUUUCACUCCUCGGAGGAUUCCAACGAGAAUGUAACACCUAGAACCUUUCUGAUAAGGACAAAGACAGCAGAGGCUAGGGAUAAGUUAGCAACAGCCAUCCAAGAAUACGCACCUUCUUCAUAAAAUGCCCAAUACCUUUUUAUAUCUUGUUGAGCCAUCUCCACUAUAUUUUUGCCUCCCUUGAUCUGUAAUACUAGGACGGCUCCAAAGAUUAACCUAGCCUUGAUAAGGGCAUGGAAAUUGUUGUAUGAUUGAGAGAAUGCGAGGGAAAGAGAGUCAAAGUUGCUUUGUAGCUUACUAAAGAAUGCAACUUAAAAACCCAGGAAACAAUAAAAUCAUUUCUUU